GCUCGCUCUGGCUCCCCAUAUAUACCUGAGCUCUCUCCUAUCGCCUCACACCACACACAACUGCAGCAAACACAGCUCACAGGGCAGGGCACUAGUUAAUCAAGCUAGCAAUGGCGAAGGACAUUGAGGCGGCACCCGAGGGGGGCGAGUUCUCGGCCAAGGACUACUCGGACCCUCCCCCGGCGCCGAUCGUCGACUUCGAGGAGCUCACCAAGUGGUCGCUGUACCGCGCGGUGAUCGCCGAGUUCGUCGCCACGCUCCUCUUCCUCUACAUCACGGUCGCCACCGUCAUCGGCUACAAGCACCAGUCGGACCCCACCGUCAACACCACCGACGCCGCCUGCAGCGGCGUCGGCAUCCUCGGCAUCGCCUGGGCCUUCGGCGGCAUGAUCUUCGUCCUCGUCUACUGCACCGCUGGCGUCUCAGGUGGACACAUCAACCCGGCGGUGACGUUCGGGCUGUUCCUGGCGAGGAAGGUGUCGCUCAUCAGGGCGCUGCUCUACAUCAUCGCGCAGUGCCUCGGCGCCAUCUGCGGCGUGGGGCUCGUCAAGGGCUUCCAGAGCUCAUACUACGUCCGGUACGGCGGCGGCGCCAACGAGCUCAGCGCAGGCUACUCCAAGGGCACCGGGCUCGCGGCCGAGAUCAUCGGCACCUUCGUCCUCGUCUACACCGUCUUCUCCGCCACCGACCCCAAGCGCAACGCCCGCGACUCCCACAUCCCGGUGCUGGCUCCUCUUCCAAUCGGAUUCGCCGUGUUCAUGGUCCACCUGGCCACCAUCCCCAUCACCGGCACCGGUAUCAACCCGGCGAGAAGCCUGGGAGCUGCGGUCAUCUACAACACUGACAAGGCCUGGGAUGACCAAUGGAUCUUCUGGGUGGGGCCACUGAUCGGUGCCGCCAUUGCCGCCGCCUACCACCAGUACGUUCUGAGGGCCAGCGCCGCCAAGCUCGGGUCCUACCGGAGCAACUAAGUUAUCCGCCGCUCGGAACGGACGCGCAAGGGGGUGCCUGUGAAGUGUAGAUAUAUGCCCAGUAGAAGGCCACCUCCAGCAUAUCGCUUGUCCAGUUCAGUCUUCGCAUCGUCGGCUGCUACCGUUCUUCGGCUUGUCGAUUCUACUGCAUAUAGUCUCGAUGUGACCCUCCGUUCAUAUGUUGAUGUGCUCGCCAUAUUUGCUGCUGUUUUUGUUCCAACAAGUGUGUUUCCUUUGCUAUACCUGUAUGCAUGCAUUUGAAGGAUUUUGGAAUCAAACAGUUGUUACUAUGUCC